ACCCUACCCAGCAGUAGAGUUGUUUGACGUUCUUCCUUCUCUUUAUUGCUCCGGUCAGGGAUGUCAUUUUUUGGGGUAAAACCCAGGACUUGUCCGCAAAGCUGUGGCUGCGCUUGUCUCAAAAGACACCCGUGAGCCACCCGUUGAAGCGAAGAUGCGGUACCGCCCGGGUUCUGCACGUUUUUUUAAUGGGGUGACUGGAUUUUUUUCUGCUCGCAGAGACUAGUUGCCGGAGCCAGGAUUGAUGGAGGUCGCCUGUUUUUCUCCGAGGGAAGCCUGUUAUUUCUAAUUGUCAAAAAGGAUCGCGCAGCGCUGUCCUUUUAGGCUCUUCGUUUAUUGGCGCGUUUCCUCAGACAGAAAAUCAACCACAAGGCAUUGGGGCGAAAAUAAUAUUAUUAAUAAACAAACGAACAAAAAAAAAAAAAAACAUCAACAAACGAUGAUCCAGCUACCAAGCACGAGCACGACUAGACGUUUGUCAGUUUUCUGUGUUUCGCCUGCCUGCGAUGAUACCGAGGAUAUUAAGCCAGUGCGGUGCACGACCAUGAAGACUAGCUGAUUUUUGGCGUUUUCUAGCUUUGCCCUCUGCGGAUGAUUGACGGCUGUCUUGCACACUGGGCCCGAGACCUCUCGAACUGAUUACUCAUUCAUUCAUUCGUUUAUUUAAUUCAGGCAUUUUUGCUCUCUGUCUCAGUCACCCCCACCUUCCGUCAGAGUGGACAAUUUAAAGAGGACGAUAGUCUGCGGCGAUGUGGACGGCUUUGUGAAUGUAGCCGGCUCGAUGUAGAUCUGUGUAGUGCUCCAUACAGUUCACAGGAUUCAGUACGCAGGGACUCUCAGGGAAACAUGUCUUCUCGAUCGGCACUGCCUUCCGGGAACGAGCGAAAUUCGGAUCAUCAUGCCUCACUUACUGGUAGCCGUACAGAAAAAGGCUCUGGAUGGUCAAGUCGCUCUCAGGGCGCCCGCUGCCGCAAACUCAAUAACAUCGUGUACAGAUGAACUGCCCCAUAUUGGCAACUAUCGUCUUCUGAAAACUAUUGGCAAGGGAAACUUCGCCAAAGUCAAGCUUGCUCGGCAUAUAAUGACUGGAAGAGAGGUGGCAAUAAAAAUUAUUGACAAAACCCAGCUGAAUCCAACUAGUCUACAGAAGCUGUUCAGAGAGGUGCGAAUAAUGAAGGGCUUGAAUCAUCCUAAUAUAGUGAAGCUGUUUGAAGUAAUAGAAACUGAAAAAACCCUUUUCCUAGUAAUGGAAUAUGCCAGUGGCGGUGAAGUGUUUGACUACCUCGUAUCUCAUGGGCGUAUGAAAGAAAAGGAAGCUAGAGCCAAAUUCCGACAAAUAGUUUCUGCUGUUCACUACUGUCACCAAAAGAACAUUGUACACAGGGACUUAAAGGCAGAGAAUCUACUUCUUGAUGCAGACUCCAAUAUCAAGAUUGCAGAUUUUGGUUUCAGUAAUGAAUUCACUUUGGGUUCUAAACUGGACACCUUUUGUGGGAGUCCACCCUAUGCCGCCCCUGAGCUCUUCCAGGGGAAAAAGUAUGAUGGACCAGAGGUAGACAUCUGGAGUCUUGGGGUCAUCCUUUAUACACUCGUCAGUGGUUCACUUCCUUUUGAUGGACAGAACCUCAAGGAACUGCGAGAAAGAGUCCUGCGAGGCAAGUACAGGGUUCCCUUUUAUAUGUCAACAGAUUGUGAGAACAUCCUGCGACGAUUCUUGGUACUAAACCCUACUAAGCGUUGUACGCUGGAGCAAAUAAUGAAAGACAAGUGGAUAAACACUGGUUAUGAGGGAGAAGAGCUUAAGCCACAUGUGGAACCUGAAGAAGACUACAGUGAUACCAAACGCAUUGAUAUAAUGGUUGGAAUGGGCUACACCAGGGAAGAGAUCAAAGAUGCUCUCACAAAUCAAAAGUAUAAUGAGAUCACAGCCACUUAUUUGCUACUGGGACGCAAAAACAAUGAACUGGAAUGUGCUGAAUCUAAUUUAGGAAGUACCCUUUCUUUGGCUCGAAUACGACCAGCUAAUGACAUCACCAAUGGAACCAGCAAGCAUUCAUCAACAUCGUCAUCUUCAUCAUCACACAGCAAAAGCCAGCGAAGUUCCUCAACUUACCACAGGCAACGACGGCAUAGUGAUUUCUGUGGGCCAUCUUUACCAGCAGCCCAUCCAAAACGUAGCCCCACCAGUACAGAGGAUACAGAGCUCAAAGAAGAGCGCAUGCCUUCCCGCAAAGCCAGUUGCAGCGUUGUGGGCAGCCGCAGCAUUCCGCCAUCCAGUCCAAUGGUUAGCAGUGCCAAUAAUCCCAACAAAUCAGAGAUUCCAGAGAGACGUAAAGAAAUUAAUGCCACAACUAAUAAUAUCCCAGCCAGUGCCAUGACAAGAAGGAACACAUAUGUAUGUACAGACCGCUCAAAUACAGACAGACAUUCUUUACUACAAAAUGGCAAGGAGAACAGUACGGGAUCUCAUCGAGUACCACCGGCAUCACCUUCUACACACAGUAUUGCAGCCGCCACUUCCUCAGCCUGUGAUCGUUCACGUCUUUCUCGUGGCUCCACUAUUCGCAGCACCUUUCAUGGUGGGCAGUUACGUGAUCGACGAUUGCCACCACAUGCUGGACCACCCACUUCCCCAACUCUUUCCCAUGAUGCAUCACCACUGCCACAUGCACGGAGUCGUGCCACCUCUAGUCUCUUCAGUAAACUCACGUCUAAGCUAACACGGAGGGUCACAGAUGAACCUGAGAGAAUCUGCAGAUCUCCGAUCGCAAGUCGCCAUCUACCUGGGAAUAAAAAAGAGGCAGAGCCCCGGGCCUCCCGAUCUGGCUGGGAUGUGAAGGUGCGGAGCACACAGGACCCAACGGAGAUGUUGGCAGCACUAAGAGAGGCUGUGCAAGCCUGUGGGUGCCAAGUGCACAGUGCUGGACCAUUUCUGCUGUCUUGUACCAAUGGAGUAGCGGGCUCCCGCAUUGCUUUUGAAGCUGAAGUGUGCCACCUGCCAGCAGGACCUGCAGCAACUAGUGGAAUAUGCUUCAGACGGGUAUGGGGUGCUCCCCUUGCCUUCCAACACAUUGCCACAAAAAUCUCCAAGGAACUGCAACUCUGAGGUUAGGACAGGAUGAGGAAGGGGUUAGGCCUAGGACCUCAAAAGAAAACAAAUAUAAAAACAUGGAGUAUCCCCUUCCUCAAUCCUUUUGUAGCUUAGCAGAGGCCUCCCAAAAUCCCCCAUAAUUGUUUUAUUUUUAUUUUUAUAAAUUUUAACAGCUGCUGAUUAAAGAGAAAGAGUACACAGUAAAUUAUUCUGUUCAAAUGAUCUUUUAUAACACAACCAAGAGGCAGUUAUAUACAAAAGAAAUUUAUAAAGAUAUUGGAUGAAGGCAAAUCACGUAAAACAAACUGUUGCCGUUGUUGGAGUUCGAUACUCUGCUCAUAUUAUACUUUAACUACUCUGAUCAAGGCUGUCGUAACCCCUUUUUCUUUCCCAUGUUUGGCGAUUCAAGCUGUAAAGUACGAAUAUCAAGCACUGCCAAUAUGUCAGUCGGUUCAUUUUCUACAAUGUAUAAAUUUAAAUUCAUGUAUGCAUUCAAAUGUUUGUUAGUUCUGUAAAAGUUUUUUUUUUUUCUUUUGUUUUUUUGGCUGCCAGGUUUUGAUUUUAAAUGAGGAUAGCAAACUAUGA